AUGUCGGGCUCCGCGCCGGAGGCGGGCGCGGGGGCGGGCGCGGCCCGGGAGCGGCGGCAGGAGCAGCUGCGGCAGUGGGCGCGGGCGGCGGGGGCCGGGGAGCCGGCGGGCGGCGGGGGCCGGGCCCGGGCCCGCACCGUGCGCUUCGAGCGCGCCGCCGAGUUCCUGGCCGCGUGCGCCGGCGGAGACCUGGAGGAGGCGCGGGCCAUGGUGCGCGGGGGGCCCGGCCCGGGGCUCCUGGACAGCACCAACGCGGACGGCAUCAGCGCGCUGCACCAGGCUUGCAUCGAUGAGAACCUGGAGGUGGUCCGCUUCCUGGUGGAGGAGGGGGCCUCCGUCAACCAAGCCGACAACGAGGGCUGGACCCCCUUGCACGUGGCCGCCUCCUGUGGAUAUGUGGACAUCGCCCAGUACCUGCUGAGCCACGGGGCCAACAUUGCUGCCGUCAACAGCGAUGGGGACCUGCCCUUGGACCUGGCAGAGGCCGACGCCAUGGAGAGUCUGCUGCGGGCGGAGAUUGCCCAGCGAGGCGUGGACGUGGAAGCGGCAAAGCGGGCCGAGGAAGAGCUUUUGCUACACGACACUCGGUGUUGGCUGAAUGGGGGCGCCAUGCCAGAGGCCCGCCACCCACGCACGGGCGCCUCGGCCCUGCAUGUGGCCGCCGCCAAGGGCUACAUGGAGGUGAUGAGGCUGCUCCUCCAGGCCGGCUAUGACCCUGAGCUGCGUGAUGGGGAUGGCUGGACGCCCUUGCAUGCAGCCGCCCACUGGGGCGUAGAGGAUGCCUGCCGCCUGCUGGCCGAGCAUGGGGGAGGCAUGGAUUCCUUAACCCACGCGGGGCAGCGCCCUUGUGACCUCGCCGAUGAAGAAGUGCUAAGCCUUUUGGAGGAACUGGCCCGAAAGCAGGAAGAUCUCCGGAACCAGAAGGAAGCCCUGGCCCAAGGCCGAGGGACCGAAGCUGGCCCAGAGCCGCAGCCUCCGGCCGGCAGCAAACACAGGAGGUAGUCCGUGUGCCGCUUGAGCAGCCGGGAGAAGAUCUCUCUUCAAGACCUCUCCAAGGAGCGGCGGCCGGGGGGCCCUGGGGCCCCCCCACUCCGGGAUGAGGAGGAGGCCUGAGGAAGACCCCCCAGGCCCAGUGCCUUCAAUGGAGUGUCUCCCCCACAGAACCUGGACCCCCCCAGCCCCAAGACCAAGGAGCUGCGUCUGGCCCGCGUGCCCCCAACGCUCUCCCGGAAGAUGCAUGAGCCCCCGGAAGCGGUGGUGGAGCCCCUGGCACCACAGCCAGCUAUGCCAAGUGCCCCAGGAUCAGCCUCCCUGGCCCCCACUGAUGCCCGGGACCGCCGGAGAUCGUACCAGAUGCCUGUGAGGGAUGAGGAAUCUGAGUCCCAGCGCAAGGCUCGCUCUCGGCUCAUGCGCCAGUCACGGAGAUCGACUCAGGGGGUGACACUGACUGACCUGAAAGAGGCAGAGAAGAGUGUGGUGAGGGGCCCAGAGCCAGAGAAGGAUGAGGACCCGGCUCGGCGGCCCCGAGUCCCUGGGCUGGAGAACUCGGACGCUGCUGUCCAAAGAGCAGAGGAGCCAGAGGGGGACGGCCGGAGCCAGCAGGUGGCCCGGGACCGCAGGAAAGUCCGGAAGGAGCGCGGGCUGGCCGAGGGUGAGGAGACAGAGCCCUCGGAGCUCCGGGACAGUGAGGAGAGCCCGGCCCCCAGCAUGGUGGAUGGCUCCAAGGGACUCCGGCUGCGGGCAGACCCUGGGGACCACCACCCAGACAACAGUAAUUUCCGCAAGCUAUACCUGAGCCUGCAAGGGGAGAAUGAGAGGCUCAAGGAGACCCUGCAGGAGACCACCCUGCGGCUGUCCCAGCUGAAGGUGGAGCUGGAGAGGGCUACGCAGAGACAAGAGCAAUACGCUGACAGGCCGGCCAUGCUGGAGCUGGAGAGAUUUGAACGGCGGGCCCUGGAGAGGAAGGCAGCCCAGCUGGAGGAGGAACUGAAGGCCCUAUCAGACCUUCGGGCGGACAACCAGCGCUUGAAGGACGAGAAUGCCGCCCUCAUCCGGGUUAUCAGCAAACUCUCCAAGUGAUUCCCCCUCCCCCACCCUGGGAGGUGGAGGGGGCCUGGCUCUGCUCCCCUGUUCUCCCCUCACCCCUAUUUAUGCAGCUGCUUCUGCCACAGAUCAUUCCUUUGUGUGAAACUUGGGGACCUUGGAGGGGCUAUCUGGGUCUCCUCCCCCCAAUCACUCCCCUAAAAAAGCCAUAACCACCCCCCACACUCCUCAACACCCCAGGCCCAGGGGGCCCGCUGCCUGGAUCCAAGGAGCUGGGCAGGGGGCAGCCCUGGCCACAGCCCCGGGGUCCACAGGAGGGGGCUGGGCAGGAGUGGGCUGGUGGCCGUUGGGAGGACAGGGCUGGAUGGGGGGGUGCUGGGGGCUGCUGAGGAUGGGACCAGCCAUGUGGGACGCCAAGGAGGACAGAAUGUAGCUGAAGGCAGGUGGAAGAAGAAACUUCAGGCCCGGAGCUGCCGGGAAGUGGUGGAGGCCCAGGAGCUGGGGAGCCAGAGAGGGAAGAAGAGGACUUUGGGGACCAGGGUGCCAGAGAGAGAUCCUCCCCCUCCCCAGCCCCCCCACCCGCUCCUGCUCUACACGUCCCGUGUGAUUCCCCCCUCCUCCCCCCUCCAGGGAGCAAAGAAUGUGCCAAUGGUCCCUGCCUCCCUAGGCCAUUGCCGGGGCUGCUGGGACAUGUAUAUAGGGGCGUGGGUUUUUUUCUGGGGGCCCCACGCCCACUUCUGAUGUGCAAUAGGGGAAGGAGGCUUCUAUUUUUGUGGCCGGGGUUGUCCCCCGCCUGGGGUUGGGGUGGGGGGAGGGCACCCAUGCUGGGAGAAAGUAUUUUCCUGAGACCUGCCGUGGCCACGGGGCACCGCCAAUAAAGGGUGU